UGCCAGUUUGCGCUAAUCGGAAUGCUCGCAGACAGAUGAUGACAAAUACUUGGUCGUCUGCCGAUGGUUUUGUUUGUAUCUUUUGCCUGCCCGCUGCACCACCUCUACCAGCCAGUCAAGCGACAAGGAUGAAACUUGUCGUGAAGCGAACACUUUCUGCUUGAAUUUUGGCAGAAAAAUUCAUAUACAUGUUCUUUGUAUGAUGAACCCCUCAUCAAAGACUAACCGCAAUUCGGACGGCUGCUGGACUUGUCGGUUGCGCAAAAAGAAGUGUGAUCUUGGCCAGCCGACGUGCGUAAGCUGCGCGUCUCUCGAGAUUGAAUGUGUGUACAGCGACGCCAAGCCACGAUGGAUGGACGGUGGCGAGUUGCAGCGGGGCCGGGCCGAACAGGUCAAGGCCGAAGUCAAGCGGCGGGCUACAUGGCGGCGCGAGAAGCGGCAUGUCGCCGGCGACAUGGACGGUGAAACGAUGAUCGAUCUAGAGAUGGCAGACGGCUUGCACGGCGUGCACUUGUCCGCCAAGGCUGCUCAAGUAAAUGGCGACAGGGAACCGGCCAGGGCGUUUGCGAGCGUGGAACAGGCAGGCGCGAUUGAUGGGCACUCGUUUGAUGCAGCGACAGACACGACGCCGUCGUCUUCCUGGGCGACCGAGCACAGCCCCAACUCUUCUGCGACUGCCGUCUCGCCGGCCUCUUCGCGCGACCAUCAUCACGAUGCGACGACGGCGGUGGGCACAGUGCUCCCGAACGACAGGGAACUUGCGCAGGUCAUGGCGUACCUCGACUACGUCUUCCCGUUCCUCUACCCGUUCUACCGCCCACCGAUAUUCUCGGGCGGUCGCGGCUGGAUGCUGACCCUUUUGAUGAGGAACAAGGCGCUGCUGCACGCGUCGCUCACCCUCGUCUCGUUCUUCAUGGCAGUGUGGUUCCACCAGGACGGACUCGGCGACGGGCACGGCGGAGAUGGCGAUUUGACCGACGGCGGCGGAGCACCACCAGACGACCCAGGGGGAAAGGGACGGCACGUACGGACGUGUCAGGCGGCCGCGUGGACUGAAAUGCAGACGCAGCAGGAGCUGAGCAUGCGCAGCCUGAUGGAGGACAUUGCAGACAUCAACGAGCACGGGGUCAAGGGCCGACUCAGGGAGGGGAGCAGGACGCUGGCGUCCAUCAUCCAGAUCCUCUGCUUCGAGGUGGCCGUGGGCAACGCCGCCGGAUCCUGGAGCCUGCACCUGGACGGCGCCAUCGUGCUGCUCGACCAGAUGCUGCAGCUCAACGCGCAGUCCGUCAGGGGCCCCGCCGGCGACACCAUCGUCUGCUGGCGGUCGGUCCUGGCCGCGCUCGAUCUCGAGGACGGCGGCGAGGGCAGGGUGCAGGCUUGGCUGUUGAGCUCGGAUCAGGCCGCGCUGCAGUUCUUCUCGGCCGCGGCCAUCUACUUUGACAUUGUCAGCAGCACGGCGCUCGAGCAGGCGCCUCGGCUUGCGGGCUACCAUGCCUCGCUGCUGGCGACGCCCUCGGAGCAUCUCUCCGCGGUCUCGCCCCUGGUCCCGGUCGAGCUGGUCAUGGGGCACGCGUGCCCGCGCGCCUUGGCCGAGGACCUGCCCCCCGUCGACCUCGGCGUGGUCAGCGGGGCGGCAAACUGGGUGCUCGUGUGCGUCGGGGAGACGGCGGGGCUGGACGCGUGGAAAAAGACCGAGAGGAGGCACGCGAGGCUGGACAUGGUCGAGCUGGUGACCAGGGCCGGGGUGAUCGAGAGGAAGCUGCGCCUAGGGCUCGAGAAGAUGGAUGCGGCGGCGGGCGGGAGGUGCCAAGGCGGUCGAGACGGCAAGGGUCCUGCGAGCACCAUGGCCCCGUCGUACACGCCGCCGCCGAUCCGACCAGACUGCCCGACUUCCCACGCCCCACCCGACGAGGACACGCACGGCCUGACGACGGGGAUCUGGGCGCACGCGGCGCUCGCCUACCUCGCCGUCGUCGUCAACGGCUGGCAGCCUGCCUCCGGGACGAUCCGGGCCAGCGUCGACACGGCGCUUUCUUUCUUGUCGACCCUCUCCGCCAGCAGGCCGUUUUGCCUGCAGACGGUGGGCUGGCCGCUGGCGGUGGCGGGUUGCCUCGCGGCCAGGGAGCAGGAGCCGCGGUUCAGGGCGCUGGUCGGGAGCAUCGGCGGCGGGCUGGAGGUGUUUGGGGCCGUCAGGGAGGCCCUGGGCAUCAUGGAGGGCGUCUGGGCGCGGCGGGGCGAGAUUGAGGGUGCACAGGUGGAGUGGGAUCUUAGUAGGUGUUUUGGUAUCAAUGGGCGAAGGGCGUUUUUGGUAUAAGGUUUUGGGCGGGGGGGAUCGGG